CUCGCGCCCUGUAUUGCCAACAGCAGUUUAAAGCGACGCUGCUGGAUCGGGAGCCAGUGUAUCCAACCUAAAACUAACUUCACCGCGGAGACGCACACUCGUGUACCUGCACUUUAUUUUAAUUAUUUGCCAUGGGAUCUAAAGUUAGCUUAGUUAUUAAAAAAAAAAAACAACCUGCGAUGAACUUUGUAACGUGUUGUUAGAUACCGCCCCUACCGACGACACGUGACUCUAACAACUGCAAGGAAGUGAUACUAUCACCCUAAACUGCAACAACAACAACAACGCUAAGCUUAACGGUACAGUCUGAAGGCAAUAUGAAUUUGGAGGAAUACUUUAAAAGAAUUGGUUUCCAUGGCUCAUAUGAUAAACUGGACCUUGCAACACUGAAGUUGAUCCACAAACAGCACAUCAUGUCAAUUCCAUUUGAAAACCUCAGCAUCCACUGUGGAGAGAGGAUCAUCCUGGACCUUGAGGUCAUUUUCAAUAAGAUAGUGAGGAGCCACCGCGGGGGCUGGUGCCUUGAGAACAACUCCCUGUUUGGCUGGGUGCUGAGAGAAAUGGGUUACGACACUACGACACUGGGCGCCAGGGUUUUCUCCAGCACUAGUAACGAUUUCUUACCCACCGAAACUCAUCUGAUCAACAAGGUCGGCAUUGAUGGAAAGGCUUAUAUAACAGAUGUAAGCUUUGGGGUGUCUUCCCAAAUAUGGGAGCCCCUGGAGCUCGUCUCUGGAAAGGACCAACCUCAGGCAGCAGGUGUCUUUGGCCUUAUAGACAGGGGGGACAUCUGGGUGCUGGAGAAAACUGGAAGAAAGCAGGUGGUACUCAAUCCAGAUUUUGCAAAAUCAAGUCUGGUGAGCACGAAGGAAACAAAGCAGAUCUACAGCUUCACCUUGGUGCCUCGGGAGGUCGACCAUUUCUUUGAAACAAACCACACACUCCAGACAGAUCCUACUUCACUGUUCACCAAUAAGUCCAUCUGCUCUUUGCAAACUCCAGCAGGAUUCAGAGCUCUUGUGGGCUGGACCUACAGUGAGGUCACCUACAAACUCGAGGAAGGUGUUGAUGUCUUAGACAUGAGAGACAUAACAGAUGAUGAGAUAGAGCAAAUUCUGAGGGAAAAGUUUGACACAAAGCUGCAGAACAAACUGCAGCCUGCAAACAACAAAGCAUGCUACACAAUCUAAAAAAUUGGACAUAUUCGGUUUUCUAAUUGACCUGAAAUGACGUCACAGCCUGUUUUCAUUUAAUGAUGAUCAACCAGUAAAAAAUGAUGAAACUGCUUUUUACAUUUAUUUUUAAAAAUGGAAACCAUGCAAUUGUAUUGCAGCUGAGAAAAGUAG